ACCGGUAAACCCGUUUUGUUUCUCCGUUCAUUCGCCCGACUCGUGUUUACCUGUCGCGUCCAUCCUUCGAGCAACAGACCGCUUCUUCGGCUAACGGACUGUACGGCGUAACAGAUAAUCGUCACCGAGCGACAGAUCGAAGAGUAUCGAUUAAGGCUCGAAGAAGGUGAAAACGUCGAGCAAUCGUGGACCAUCGGUUUAGCUGUGCCCUCGAGAUGCGGUGAUGGCUUUGCUGUACAGAUUCGCGCAGCUGCCUGACAGCAGUGGCACGCGGGUCUUCUCGUUCGUCGUCACCAGGAGUGUGGUACGUGAUCCCGAAAGAGACGUCACCAGCAAAGAGCUCGUUUGCGGCUUCCAGAGAUGGUCCGUCGCAUUUUCACGCGGAAACAAGGUACUGGGCGCGUAUCUAGUAUGGCGAGGAGCUUCACGGAACCUGCGGGUGUACGUGGACUUCACGUUCACCCUGUUGAACCGAGAGCACUUCUCGAUGAACGAGGGUUUCUCGGGCAAACGCGUCAAGUUCACGUACGAGGCGCCUGCCCAGGGCAACCGGAACUACAUCCCGGUGUCGGACCUCUACAACCGCAAUUUCGCCGACACGAACGGAGAGUUCCAGCUGGAGCUGUCGAUGGCGAACGUGCGUACCGUCUACAUGACGGAGCUUAAGAUGCCGACGAGCACGUUCCCGGCGGGUCAAUCGAAGCCUAACAAAUUGGAGACCGAUUACUUCGCGUUCGGGGGUUUCGACUGGAACCUGGUCAUCUAUCCUCACGGGAACAAGGAACCGGAGGGCUACCGCGGCCACGACAGCGGCGUCAGCGUCUAUCUGAUGAGGUUGACCGGCUUCGAUCACCGUUGCCGUGUCAGAUACAGCGUGGCGUUGGGAGAAGGAGAUCGUAGAAUCGAUUCCGGACAGAUAGAGGACCUGUCCGACGCGGAAGGAUGCGGAUUCGGUUGGCAUCCGAGGGUCAGGUGGUCCGAGAUCGCGCACAAAGGAGUUGUCCGGGUGUCCCUGGAGAUGGUGGAGGCUAGGACCAUCUGCGAAAUAGCUGUCCAGGCUCGUGGACCGUCGGUCCUGCCCGCCACUCCUUGUUACGACCGAGAUAAACAGGCCUGGACCAUCAGGGCCGAUCUGCACUCGGACACCGUCAGGCUGCACUUGGUCUACAAGGACAUUCACAACGUUCCGAGGAACCAUUUGAGGUACGUGAGCUGGUCAGCAUACCUGCUUCGCGACGAGGAGCCGAACACGUCCGCGAUCAGCUUGCCGGGUGGUCCGUUCAGCCGGUACUACGCGCAAGAGUCCGCGGACGAGGGAAUAAUCAUGGAGACGAAUCUGGACACGAACGAGGUGAAGGACAAUCACUGUCCGUUCCUAACGGACAAGGGUCAGCUGAGGAUCCGUCUGGAGUGGAACGAGAGCCACUUGCUGUUCCAGGCGACCUACCACAAGUACGACGACGUGUGCCGCAUCCACAAUCAACAGAUGAGGCGCGAGAUAGCCUCGCUGCAGGCAGAGAAUUACAGCCUGGAGAGGCAGCUGUUCAGUUACCAAAAGAGUCUGGCGUACGCUCAAGCGCAGCAGCAGCAACAACAACAGAACCAACAGCACCACGGUGGCCAUCAGGCUCACCUGGAACGAUCCGCGUCCACAGACACCGAAUACGCCUGACAAGUGGAACAACAGAUGCACGCUAACGAUCAGCCGGGCACCGGUUGCAGACGGCAAUUGCCCACCGUGCAGGAGAACGAUCACCGGGUUCAUCAGAACCUGGUCAGGAUGAUGGACAGGCGGCUGAGCAACGUCCAACUGCAACAACACCUCUACGAACCGGACACGUGCCAGCAAAGAUAUACCGAGCAGAGCGUCGAUCAGUCGCAGGAGCAUCGUCGCAGCAUAGUGCAGCAACCGAAGUCGGGCCGUUCGAGCGUGGGCAGAUCGGACAGCGGGUCGGAACGCGGCAACGACCGUUACGCCGCCGGUUAUUAUUUGGGGUACGUCGGUCAGGCAGCGCACAAAAGACGUAGGACCACUUUCUGGGAGACCCUGACGGGUCUUGUGUGCUCAUUGGGCGCUUUGGCUUCCAGGGCUGCCAAGAUGGCCACCAGACGGGGCGAGCCUCUUUGAAGACGUACGCCCGCCUUCGUAAACGGACCACCGGAUCGUACGGCCACGGACGAACACGAGAGUCUUGUGACGUAAUGUGACAGAUGUCGAAGAACGCGCGAAGGAUGACUCGUUUGUGGUUCGAGGCUGCAGCUCGUCGACUAAACUGCAGAUCAGUAGACCACCGAGAACCUCGCGCGAAUUUCGCGAACGAGGAGAGACUCGCGUUUCUACCAUGACCAGCGCCGAGAUCGGAUUAACUCGACAAUACGGCGGACGUCGAACGUAGGCGAAAACUAUCAGACGCAUCGUAUCGUACCAACAUGUUCGUCCAUUUUUUUCGUCGAUAAUGACACCGAGAAGAAGGAAGAACGAAGAGGCGUCUAUCGCCUUCGGACGAUUCGAAGAGCAAACGUAGCCGACGUUACGAAAGAUGGAACCGCGCGAGCGCGCUCGAGUCGGAAAUCGAUGAGGAUUUUUCGAGGGAUCUAUCCGAUUCCUCUUUCAUGUACACAUUAACACACGAUUCUAUCUACUUGUCAAUUUUACUAAGAGAACAACAAGAACAAAAAAUAACGCAGAACAAAUGCUAUUUUCUUCUAAAGACUUGUUUUUCACCUAUCGUCUGCGACUUCUUUGAUAAAUAAUGGAAUCCGUGCGCGGUGUAGCCGCCGUGUCGUGUAACAACAGCGUAUAAUUAUGGUAGCGUUACUCGAGUACAGAGAAACAACAAUUUAACGAUAAUUGAUAAUAACUUUUAGAGUACAGUCGGUGUGUUACGUAAACGAACGUAGGGGAACGAAGGCUGCCCGAUCGACGCCGCGUGAACGUUCGUAAUAGAAAACGACCAUCGGCUUUCGUCUCGAAACGCCGAACAAAGACCAGGGUAACAUAAAAAUACGAAUACUUCAACGUUGAUUAGCUACAGUGAUGGGCAUACGAGGGCUCCAUCGCAACGUGCUCUUCCUUCGACUAACGAUAAAAUCAAACACAACUUACUUUUCAACAAAUCAGAUAUGUAAACUUGGAAAUUUCGAAACAGAGCAUCGUACGAGCUCUGCGACAUGUGCCCAUCACUGGCGCAGAGUUCGUCAAUUUCUUUUGUCGUUAUUUACGUUGCAGUCUUAUCUCGAGGAGGAGAUAAUUAUUUACAAUUAUUUAUUUUGACAAAUAUGAUUCUUGUGACGAGUAUGAAAAGAUUUGCCCUCGGAAGUUAAGAUUUUCUGGCAAUUUUUUAAACGUAUCUUCACCGAUCCAAAGUUACCUAGAAAAGCUACACUAAAUUUUGUCUCUAAACGUAAUAGUAUUUUACUGUUUAUCUCAAAGAAAUCUAAGAGUCUCUUUUAACUCGAUCUUUAAUAAGACGCUUUCCUUCGUGUUUGAGAAUAUAAAUAUCCUUUUCAUGUAAACUCUUUUUACCGCGGAAGCAAAGAUUUCCGUAACGCGAUCUUUCUUCCUUUUCAACUUUUAAAGAACUUCAGGAACAGCUGGUAUCUUUACAUCUUAAAGCGCAUCCGCUUAAAAACAAGAGACUCCUUUUUUGUAACUUUUUAACCCGACAGAAAGUGUCUACGGUUUUGCAAAGUUCCAUUAAUAAAGAAUGGCAGAAUACUCGUUAGAGAGGAGAUACGACCGUUACCUCGCGUGAGAAAAAUAUUUGAAUCGCACAUGGUACGCGAUUAUCUUAAAAUAGAAACGUUUUAACGUCCACGAAUAAGGUAUACUCUAAACUGUAAAGAUUAACAAGUUCCUCGGGACGACAAAAGCAAUUCGAACUCAAUUAAAUCGACCACCGCUGACCUUCGAUCCCCUCGACGUCGUGUUUCGUUUCAAAGCUUUAUACUAUCUCCUUUCUCCGUUUCUGUAUAAUUGUACCUACGAACGGCGCUGCAUAUUGAAACACGUGUACACGAGCGAUACGUGCACGUCAGCGUUCACAUCUGCUACAAAUCGGUAGCGGACGCGAUCGAUACGGUACUUCCUCGUCACUUCACACCGUAUACGCGUAUAACGAGCCACCAGGAAUCAUCGUGUACACUCGAGUGCAACGUAGACUUCCUUUGAUCAAGCGAGCGAAUGCAGGGAGAGAAGUUCACUCGAGACCCUAGAAAAAAAACACAAGGUUACAAAAAUUCUAAGCAAAGUUUGAGAGGGCUGAGAGCAGAGGUUAGGAACUUGAGGAGAUUCGAAGUUUCAGAAGCAUCUAAAUUUAGGGAAGUCGGAGAACCUAGGAACUUCUUUCCCUACUUCCUCUAAACGGGAAAUGUAAGAUGCACGCGACGGUAUCACGCACGCGUACUCACAGGUUAAUUUGAACCUCGAGACCCAUCGAGUACUAAUUAAAAGCACCGAUACUUUCUUUUAACGAAUCGGACACAUGAAUUUUAAUUUCUCCCUAUUCGAAAUUUUAUUUGUCGUACUGUGAGACGAGGAAAGAUUGUCAAUCUUUUGAAAUCUCAAAAAUCUAAUCCUUUAAAAGCUAGAUUACAGCGUAUCAUUUCAGUUAUCAAUGUCAUAUAUAGUUAUCGAUGUCAUAUUAAGAUAAUUGUAUUAACGUGUUUACAAUGUAUGCCCAUAAUGCUUAAAUGAUUGAAGACAAUCCGUCAGUCAUUGAAAUUGCAAGAAAGUCUAGAAUCAACGAUAAGCCAGAAAGUCUAUCGGUGCUUUUAAUUCGUGAUACAAUCGCGUUAAGACACGUGUCACGAAAGUUGUAUCCCUCCUCUGAAGUAGCGGAGUCUGUAUACUUUGUAUAUAACUGUACUAAAACUGUUGAUCAUUUAAUGAGAGAAAAUUAUGAGAGUUGUGCCUAUAAUGCGGGAAGCGAAGAAGGAUUUGAGAGAGGAUCGCACGAUCGAACCGUUGAAAUUUCUGUUCAAAUUGUUCCCACCACAUCGUUGAAAUUUCCUUGCAGUAACUUGUUCAAUAAUUUUCGUUUCGAACAAGCGUCCCUAGAAAAAAAAUAUUCUGCAUUAACCGUGUUUUAAUCGCUAGUCAUAUGUAGGUCAGCUUACCAGUUGAUAAGGGGAGAACACGUGGACAACAUAAACUGUUCUAGGAACGAUAAAAGUAACGAGCAACCGUUGAUAAUUAUCCCCUAAUCGCACGCUUUUUUAUGUCUCAGACA